AUCUGGAGUCGGCUGAAAUUAUUAGGAGAUGAAGGACUCCUUUGUCUUUCAAUCCUCAGUAAAUACAAAAGGUGCUCGAAAUUUGGUGGAGGAAGCGAGGCGGCAGAGAGAUGCUCGAGAGGCCCAAAGGCAGCAGGAAUUAGACGCACAAAAGUCCAUAGCAGCCGCUCGCAUCGUAUCGCGAUGCAUUCGCUCGGUCGCUAGUAGAAAACGUUCGCUCCGGGACCUGCGAAAGGAGUGGGACUCUCAAUGCGGUCUUUUGGAAGGGAACGUAACUGGUGUAAAAGCCGAUGACCUUCUGAGGUUCGCCUGGAUGUUUCUUAAAUUUUACCAGCCCACAACGGACUGGAAUCGUCUGGGACAUUUGGUCAAGAUGAUGCUUCCCCAAACGGCAGCAAGUCAAGGCAGAGGUGCUUCUUUACCCUUUUCCAGUUGCCUGAAUCAUCCAGAUCCGCUACGGGCAAAAGCAGCUGCCAAUGUUCUCAAAAAUGUUUUAUGGAUUUGCGCAGAACGAAUAGUAGGCUCUUUAGAUGGCCCCAAAAAUCUACAUGAUCCAGCAUGCAAGACCCCAGUAAUGGCCCCAUAUUUAACGGGCACGGAAAUCCGGUUUUUUAUGGCGUACAUGGACCCCAAGCAGCAUGCUGGCAAUGGCACAAUCGAAGACGUGAUGUGGAAUAUACAGCGAUGGUUGAUAGACCGGGGAUUAUUUGCACUAUUGGCGAAGGGAUUGCUGGAGCGGACGACACGAGUUAUGGUCAAUCGAGCGAAACUCAAACAGAAACGAAACCCUGUACUCAGCAUAGAUUCGGACGAAUCCAAGCUGGACAGAAGCACAAAUCUAUGGGUGAAUGCAGUAUUAUCUAGCGUGAUGAACACCCUCGUUGUAGAAGACAUCCGCAGUGAUAUCCAAACUUCGGCACCUGAGCGACAACAGGAAGAUAGAAACAUAGAAUGCGAGAGAAGAAUCGUCCUUUUUUCAUUACACGUCUUUGCCACUCCUUUACUUCUCUCAUUUGUGGAUGCCCAAUGCAUUUCUCUCUUUGCCCAAAGGGAUAUAUUGCGUCGAGUAGUACGGAUUGUCAAUGAAGAUGAGCAGAGCAGAAAAUUAUUGUUCAACCUACAGGGGGAGGCGAUGAUAUUCCUUGUUGGUAACAUUGUGGAACUGUACUGGAGAUUGACGAGAACGGGCUUCGCAAGUGAACAAACACCAACGUUAAGGAGUGACGUGGUGACGACUAUAACCCAUCUCCUUGGACAUUGCCAGCAAUAUGUUAGAGAAAAGUCCUCUAACUUUGUAAAAUAUCAUGCUGUGUUCAAGUGGUAUAGUGGGAAAUCGGUGGACGGAGUUCCCCAAGAAUACUACCCACAGCUUGUAACACAGCUAUCGCAUCUGUGGAGUAGGGAAUUUAUUUCAUCCAUUUUCGCCAACAUCAUUGAUUUUGAGCCGCCUACCCCAGUCGCUUCCACAUUGCGUCUUAUAGCCUCAGCCCCGUCAACAAAUUCGGGAUUAACUCUUACAACUAUUGACGCGCGGGAUGGCUCCCUACUGUAUUUAACUUUGACUUCUACGUUACUUGCGUACCGUACCGCAAUCUUGAAUGCCCUGUCAUUUACAAAAGGACUAGUGUCCGGACUGUGGAGAUUGCUGAAUGAGGUCGGCCCGAAGCGCGAAGGGACAUUGCUCUAUUUGGCUGCCGCAACGGGAUGCUUGGAGAAUGAGCCGCUGAUGCCACUUUUGCAGCUUUUCUGUGAAAUGGCGCGUUUGCUCUUCAUUACUCUUGACAACGACGAGAUCUACCAACGACAGUAUCCUUUCAAAUCACAGGAACUCGCCGCCAUUGUCACCUUCCUCAAUCACUUUUGUUUCCGCAUCUACUGGCAUCACACGCCUUCAACCCCUUCCGUUACGUCUCAGUUUCCCCCGGUAUUGGAGCCUGCCAAGCGCCUGUUGAAUCUUCUAAACGACCGCUCGCAGCGCCAGGCGUUUGGAGCGGAGCAGGAGACAGCAUGGCUUGCGAAGGAAGUGAGCCGAAGCACGUUUGUGGACGAUGUGAUCAAGAAUGAUCCGAGGGCUGUUAUGAUAUUGGGAAACAUACCCCAAUGCGUGCCUUUCAAGAGCCGCGUCAACAUAUUCAGAGGGUUGAUCGAGAGUGAUAAGGCGGUCCUUGGGGGACGACCGAUUGCUGUGGUGGUACACAGAAAUGCCGUACUGGAAGACGGCUAUCGGCAGCUCGCCAGAGUUCCUCCCCAGCAGCUUAAGCAAGCGAUUCGCGUGAAAUUUGUUAACGAGCUCGGCCUCGAGGAAGCUGGCAUUGAUCAAUCAGGCAUCUUCAAGGAAUUCUUAGAAGAGAUGUGUAAGCGGGCAUUCUCAACGAACUUGAAUCUUUUCCAUACCACGCCGGACGGAUAUGUGACUCCAUCCCCGACGUCGUUCAUUCAUGAAGAGCAUUUGCAGUUACUCGAGUUUGUGGGAAAGAUAUUUGGAAAAGCAUUGUAUGAGGGCAUUGCUAUCGAUAUACCAUUUGCAAAUUUUAUCUACGCCAAGUUGUUGGGAAGAUACAAUUAUCUGGACGAAUUACCAUCGUUGGAUCCACAAUUAUACAAGAAUCUGACUUUUUUGAAGCGCUACGAAGGCGACAGUGAGGACCUUGGAUUAACGUUCACAAUCGAUCAAGACAUUUUUGGCAACGUCGUGUCCAAAGAGAUCAAACCGGGGGGUGCUGCAAUAUCAGUAACGAAUGAGAACAAGUUCGAAUACGUACAUUUAAUGGCAGAUUAUCGGCUAAAUCGUGAAUGCAGAGAUCAGUUUAAAGCACUGAUUAGAGGCUUCCGAUCAAUUAUAUCUGAAAAGUGGUUAGGCUUCUUUUCACCUACGGAGCUGCAAAAACUGAUGUGCGGUGAAAACGUGGAGUUUGAUGUGAAAGAUCUUCGUGCUCACGUUCGGUAUGAAGGGGGGUACUUUGACCAGCAUAAAACGAUUAGGUCAUUGUGGCAGGUCGUAAGCGAUUUUGGACCGAAAGAUAAAGCUGCGUUCCUCAAGUUUGUUACUAGCUGUUCAAAGCCACCUGUCGGUGGAUUUCAGUACCUCAAUCCACCAUUCACCAUCCGUUACGUGGCAGAGAGUGACGAGGGGGGAACUCAGACGGAAAAUCCGGUCGUUGCUGGUGCCAGGUUGAUUGGGUCUGCAUUUGGGAUCACGCUGGGAAAGGACAUGAACAGGUUACCAACGGCUUCGACUUGCUUUAAUAUGUUAAAGCUGCCCGCGUAUAAAAAGAAGAGCACAUUAAAGGAGAAGCUGCUGUAUGCGAUUAACUCAGGGGCUGGUUUCGAAUUAUCCUGAGCACUACAACGGGUGCGGGUGACCUAUGUAAAUAUAUACUCAUGUGCUUAAUCAAAGUAUGCUCAACAGAAAUAAGCAUAUUGGCAUAUCCCGACGGUUCAUCCCACAUAUCGGCUAGCCUUUAAACACAGAAUUUGAAAGAUAUUACUUGUAUGGCCUGGCAGAGGAGGGUAAAGAAAAUAUUGUGCC